GAGAUUUGGGUGGCUCCACUAUACAUGGUGAUGCUGGAGGAGAUACAAAUUUACAACAGCAAGAUGGGUUACCCAAUUCACCCUCUUCUUCAGGUGGGUUCUGUCAGUUUUCCUCAAAAGGACUAUAUUUAGAGGACAUGAGUGCUCUACAUUAAAUUGGUGGAAAUAUGGAACUAUAUAUACGAGACAUUUUUUGUUUGCCCCAAGAAACUGUUCUCAGACUGUAGGGCUGCCGAGGUCUUGGGAACAUUCAUUUCAGAUGAGGUCGACCCUGCCACAUUGAAAUAUGAAUGACUCCCAAUCGUUGUCCCUCCUUUUUGGCAGAUUCAAGGGAUUUCCGAAGUUCAGGCGGUAGAAAGUUUAUCGGUCAACAAUCACAGAACCCCCUCUUGUUACUUGGGCAAUAUAGUGAUGAUGAAGUGGAUGAGGGAUCAAGCAAAGGGCCUAAUGAUACGAAGGUGCAUAACCAUGAAGAGGCUAACGUUGCACCUGGUGAAGGAUCUAAAGACCUGGACAUCAGUGUCUCUGUAGAUUCAGUUGCUCAGAAUAAUGGACAACAAGAUACAAUGCAAAAUUCACCCUCAAUGGAUGUUGAAUACAGUGAAAAAAAUGAAAGUGAUGUUGCUCAUAGUAAUUUGCAAGAUGAAAAGGUUUUCAAAGAUCAAACGGAUGCUUCAGAAAAUUUUGAUGAACAAAAUGGAAAUGAUACCAGUUCAGGAUGGAGGAUGGUGAUGCAUGAAGAAAGCCAACAAUAUUACUACUGGAAUGUUGAAACCGGGGAGACUUCAUGGGAAGUGCCCCAGGUUUUGGCUCAAGCGGAUCAUUUGACUAAUGAUUCCUUACCUCCUGCUUCUGUCAUCGACAAAACUAAUAAUGCCACAGUUGGUGUUGAUAAUACCUCUACUGCUUUCACAAUUGACGGUUCUGUGGAAACCUCAACGCUUUCUCAUAAAGAAUUGCAUGGUUCCAAAAUGAAUGGAUGUAAUGGUGAAUGUACAAAUGAAAAUCAGGGUUCUAAUGUUCAUGGAGUUGAUUUGAUAAGAAAUGACGGUCUCAUGAGUUUAUCUUAUAGUGAUCAUUCAAUAGUUUCCAAAUUUAGUUCUGAAGAAGAGCAAGCGGAAAUUGAUUUUCCUUCUCGUCUUAUCCAACAGAGUGAGAGCUUGUUAGAGAAGCUGAAAUCACUGAAAAAGUCAAAGGGAAAUCUCCAAUGCCAGGAUUCCUUGUCAAAGUAUAUGUCAGAGAUUGAGAUUAGACUUUUUGAUUUUAGAUCUCUUGCAUCCUAUGGAUCAUCUUUGCUCCCAUUCUGGGUGCACUCUGACCGGAAGAUUAAAGUAAUUGAAAGUUCAAUCAAUGAUGAAUUGUUACAAACUGCUAAAUCAGAACACGAUGAAGCUGAGGAAAAACAUGUACCUGUCACUGAAGAACUGGGUGAGCAACAGAAUGAUGUGGGCCAUGAGUCUGAAGUAGAUCACGAUGAAAACAAAGGGAGCUUUCCUACUUCUGAAGUUUCUAAUGAAUGUCAGGCAGAUGCUUCAGUCUUAGCUUUAAAGGAUGUCACUGAUAUAUUUUCCUCUGAUGCUCAGCACAAUCCUUUUUCUAUUUCUACUGGUGGUCAUAUGGAAACAGGUCUAGAAGUCAAUCCACAAAUUGAAGCAAUUAUAAACCCUGAUGAAUCAACCCAUGACCAUGAGUAUAACAUUGGGGAAGAUGUUGAUAUGGAUGUCGACAUGGAAGUUGAAGAUAUGAAUUCCUCAGAAAAUACAGCUGUUGUGGAUGUGUCAGUUGCAAAUGAUUAUGUGCAAACAGAUCAACCAUUUCAGUCGAAUCCACUUAUCGAAUACCAUUCUUUGUUGCCUGAGGAUGAAUUUAUUGUGCCUCCUCCUCCUGAGGAUGAAUGGAUCCCUCCACCACCCCCUGAUAAUGAGCAGGUGCCCCCCCCACCACCGCCUGGCGAUGAUCAGAUGCCUCCUCCUCCUCCUGGUGAUCCACUAGCAACUUGCUAUCAUGUUAUCCCAUCUUACACAGAGACAGGUCAACCCCUUUCUUAUGCUCAAUAUAAUCUAUCUUAUCCUGGCGCUAGCUCUGAGUAUUAUGGUCAGAUAGCUGCUGAAGUCACAACUAGUAACAUAUAUGGACAAGUUGCUAUGCCACCUGCACAGCUAUACUAUAGUGCAGUUCCUAAUAUAUACAGUCAAAAUUCUCAAGUUAUGAUCAAUCCAACAGAUCCUGUUGCUUGUUACGAGGUUCAUGAUGGAGCUGGCUUGAAACCCAUACCUGAUACUAAUAUUAAUGAUUCUGGUGGUGUUGGGGGGACUGACAGGGUCUCUGGUGAUGUUCCAUCCACCUCUACUGCUAUCCAUGAUCCUGCAACUGUUUCAGCUAAUGACAGUGUUUCAUUGCCACCAGCUACUACUGAAGCUGUUGCAGACAAGACCGUCUCAUCAUUAGUUGCUAAAGCACAAACUAAAGUUGUCCGUAGUAGAAAACGGGCAGUUGCAGUUGGAUCCUCAUUGAAGUCUAAUAAGAAGGUCUCAAGCUUGGUGGACAAGUGGAAGGCAGCUAAAGAGGAGUUACUUGAAGAAGAGGAAGAACCUGAUAGUGUGUAUGAGGCCUUAGAAAGAAAGCGACAAAGGGAAAUAGAGGAGUGGUGUGCAAAGCAAAUCUCAAGUGGUGAGGCCAAAGACAAUGCUAAUUUUCAACCUUUGGGUGGAGAUUGGCGGGAGAAGGUCAGACGCAAGAGGGCUAAAGCAGCAAGUGACACUGUUCCCAAAGUGCAAGUGGCAACUGAGCAUAAGAAUCAACAGAAGCCUGAUAUUGUGGAACUUUCCAAGGGUCUCCCAUCUAAUUGGCAGGCUUAUUGGGACGAGGCCUCGAAGCAAGUUUAUUAUGGUAACACUAUCACAUCGCAGACGACAUGGACUCGGCCAACGAGAUGAGCACUGAAAUAUAUAUAACACUCACUAUCAGAUAGGAGGCGACAUGGACCCGGCCAAUGAGUUGAGCACUGAAAUAAACUAUAACACCAUCACAUUGGAGACAACAUGAACCUGGCUGACGAGAUGAGCAACAUAUUUGUUUGGAAUGGGCUAACAUGGGGUUUAAUGUUUAGCAUAUUUUGUUUCUCUUUUUCUGAGUAUAUGAUCAUCUGGUUUUUUAGAUAGUUUAUGGGUUUAUUAGAUAUCCAUAGUGCACGAUUUGCUCUAGCAUUUAUGAUUUGUUAUGGUGCUUUAUUUAGUAGCACUGGGGUUAACAUUAUUAUUCUGGAGCAGUAUUUUUGCUGCAAACCAAAGAAAACAAAGGGAAUAUGAAAUCAUUUUUAAUCUAUAUCUAUUAUAAAGGAGAUAAAAGCUUGGUGAAA